AUGACUUCGAAUAACACCAUGAACACUACCCAAACUACAUCUCACAUCUCAUAUUCCAGUGUUGUUAACACGUUUAAACAACCAACAAAAGACGAAGCCAUAGUUCUUUCUAGUAUUGAAGGAAUCAAAGUUCAAGAGCACAUCAUAGCCGUCGGUUCAAUAGUUGGUCCAUGUAACGUAUCUUUCGCUUCCAGAAUAGCCAAUAAUAGAAUAUGUAUAUAUCUCUCUUCUAAAAAUAUGGUUGAUUCAUUGCUGCAUUCCCACAAAUACGUCAAUAUAAAAGAAACUCAAGUAGAAAUAAGAAGACUUAUCACUCCAGCUCAAAGACUGAUAAUAUCAAACGCUGGUCCUUCUGUUCCAACCACGUUAAUUGAACAAGAACUACGUAAAAUGGGUAUAAACGCCGUCUCUAAAAUGACUUUUCUUAGGGAAACAGAAUGUCCUGACAAUGCUAAUACAAUCACUUCUAAUGCAACCACUUCUAAUACAACCAAUCUUGACUCAACCAAUUCUAAUCCACCCACUUCUAAUACAACAAAUCCUGACCCAACCAAUUCUAAUACAACCACUUCUAAAGCUCUUCCAGAAACCUCCCAAAACACACAAUAUAUAACAAAUCUACCUUAUAACCAAACAGAACAAAAACCUUCUGACAAAGCCUUAAUAUCCACCUCUAACGAUCAUUCAGCAUCUUCCCAAAACAUAUUAGAUCAGAUCCCAGACAUACAGGUCUCUAAUAACCAAUUAGAAUCUACCAUAGAAACUGACGACAUGUCAAGACCUACAAAUAAUACAAAUGAAACAAACACUUUAAAAAUCCCAACAUCAUCAACUUUCAACACGAUCAGCAAUCUUACUCCAUUAGAAAUAACACAACCUAAAAUUAUUCCAAACGUCACAAAACAUCUAAAAAGGCUCAUCUCAUCGUCUCCAGAAAUCAACGAAAAUACCACACAGACCGAUUCUCAUAUCUUCACUUCUCCAGUAACAAGGAAAUCAAAGAAAAAAACCAAAACGUCUAGAAGAAAUUCUCGAGAUGAACUUUUACUUUCCCUAGAGACAAUUAAAGACAAAAUCACAAACAGAUCACCACCAUUUGUCCUUAACUUCGACGAAAUAUUUUUGGUGACCGGUAGAGCUGCUGAAAAAGUCCAAACUGAAUGCUGA